AUGCGCUUCUCUACAGCUACAGUCCUUUCCGCCCUUGUGGCCCUGGCCACGGCCUACACCCAGCCCAACUACAGCAACCCGCCCUUGGGGAACCCGAUCGCGUCGCCCGGUCUGAACGAACAGGUUCCGGAGGGAAAGCCCUUCACCAUCACCUGGGCCCCGACUACCAAGGGCGACGUCUCGCUGGUGCUGCUGCGCGGCCCUUCGACCAACGUCCAGCCGCUCGAGACCAUCGUCGAGAACAUCCCUAACUCGGGCUCCUACGUCUGGACCCCCGGCACCAACCUCACCCCGGAUACCACCCACUAUGGCCUGCUGCUGGUUGUUGAGGGCACGGGGCAGUACCAAUGGUCUACUCAAUUCGGCAUCUCUGCCCCCGCUGGCUCUAACUCGGGCUCUGGCUCUGGCUCUGGCUCGGGAUCUGGCUCGGGCUCUGGCUAUGUCUCCACGACCUCGAGCACAACCUCAAGCACCACCUCGAGCACCACCUCGAGCACCACGACCGAGUGCACUACCACCACCACCACCAAGAGCAGCACUACUACCAGCGCCUCGACCAAGUCCACCACUAGCACCACCACCACCACAACCGCCGUGACCACCACCGUCGCCCGGGCCCCAACCACCACCACUAUCAAGACCAUUGUCGCUCCCAAACCCUCCAAAACCCCGGCAAGCACCACCCUACGCGCGACCACCCCGCCCACAUCCCCGUCCAUCGCGCGGGCCAGCCCCACGACAACCCCCUUCAACGCCGCGGGCCGCAACGCCGUCAGCGUGGGCGCCGCCGCCGUCGCCGGCGUGGUUGCUUUCGCCAUGGCCUUCUAA